AUGAUCCCUCCAGGCCACAUCCUGCUCCUGUUUUUGCUACCAGUGACUGCAGCUCAAACAACCCCAGGUAAGAGAUCAACACUUUUUCCUCUUUGCCCUGGUACUUCAGGUCCCUGUUCCGGUUGUGGGCCUCUCUCCUUGCCACUCCUGGCUGGACUUGUGGCUGCUGACGCUGUCAUGUCCCUGCUAAUCGUGGGGGCGGUGUUCAUGUGUGUACGCCCACGCCACAAACCCAUGCAGGAAGAUGGCAAAAUCUACAUCAACAUGCCUGGCAGGGGCUGA